AUGUCUGCCGUGGGCGCUUUCCUGAUAUUUGUUUGUAGCUUGACUUCGGCUAGAAAUGGCUCUCUGCCUGCGGACGAAGUUAUCUACGAUAAAGAAAAAGGCACUAAGACUGUGAUCUCCUAUGUCGAUGACGAAGAUGAGGGCCAAAUAUACAAGGAGACCAAAGAGUAUACCAUAGAAACCAUAAAAGUGGCCUCUUCGAUUGCAAAAAGGCGUUCAUGGAAAAAGUUUGGUGAAUCUAAAAACGACCCUCCCGGCCCAAACCCUGCAAAUACUUACCCCGGAGAGUUGGUUGAAAUUCAAUAUAUUCAAAACAAAUUGGUACGUCUUAACGUUAACGUUCCACUCACUAUCAGGAUUUUAUCCAUGGUCAAAUAUUCUUCACUUCUUAAUACUUUCUCUUUCUCCACAAAACAGGAAGACGACCGUUUGGAGAAAGAAAUUGCAAAACCCAAGCAAGCUGUCACUUGUCGUACCUGCAAGGGCCCUCAUUUCUCUCACCAGUGUCCAAACAAGAGCGAUCUCGAGGCAAUUCUGGCGUUGCAGAGCAAAUUUCAAGAUCCUGCUGUCGCCGAGGCCGAGGAGAAAGCCAGACUCGCAGCUGCUGGUCCACUUCCCGUCAUUCCCGACGCCUCAAGUGGUCGUUACAUCCCUCCGGCAUUGCGUGCCGGUGCUGCUCCGAUGGCAUUGCCGACCCGAAAACUCCUCGAUGGUUACAGUAUCCGUGUUACUAACCUACCAGAGAACACAAAUGAAGACGAUCUGCGUGACAUCUUUAGUCGUUUUGGUCAGGUUAUCCGCAUCUAUCCUGCCAAGAACAAGAAGACCCAGAUGAACAGAGGUUUUGCUUACAUUUCCUAUUUGACGGAAGAGGAAGCCGCAGAAGCCAUUUUCACCGCCGAUGGUAUGCGUUAUGGCCACCUUAUCCUCAAAGUCGACUGGGCUCAGUAA